CCGAUGAUCUGCUCGACCCAGCAGUUGGUGUCAUGGAUUUUAAAGUUAUAGACCGCAACUGUGACUGCUGUGGAAAGUGGGUUUGCUACUACACUGCUUUGCUGAAGAUUCAGAACCACUUCUACUCAUUUGUGUCAGAUCCUCUCUUUGAUUUCAUGAUAACGGUGGCAAUCAUCAUCAACACGUUCUUCAUGUCAUUGGACCAUUACAACCAGCCAGAGUUCCUUACCAACGCUUUGAAUGUGUUGAAUGUUGUUUUUGCUGUCAUUUUCACAUUGGAAAGUAUUUUCAAAAUGAUUGGCUUGGGAAAGUAUUACUUCUUGGCUGGGUGGAAUAUAUUUGAUCUAAUUACUGUGAUAGUCAGUGUGAUUGAUGUGAGUCUUGCAAACGUGGCAGGACUCAGUGUGCUGCGAAUAUUUCGUCUGUUUCGGGUUCUAAAACUGGCCCAGUCUUGGCCUACAAUGAGACUGCUUGUCACCAUCAUUCUCAGCACACUAGGAGCGCUAGGCAAUCUCUGCGUCAUCCUGUGCAUUAUCAUCUACAUCUUUGCAGUUAUUGGCCUGAAUCUCUUCCGAGAUACUCACGGGAAAGAAAAGAUUCAUCCACGGUGGGGCUUUUCAGAUUUUUAUCACUCAAUGCUAAUGAUUUUUCGAGUCCUUUGCGGUGAAUGGAUUGAGCCACUGUAUGCGUGUAUGACUCUGAAUGAAGAAGUUUGCCUGGCCAUCUACCUGCCAGCGCUGGUCUUUGGAAAUUUCAUUGUGCUGAACCUGUUCCUGGCAUUGUUACUAAAUGCAUUUGCCAGUGAUUCACUAGAUAAACAUCGAGAUGGCAGCGACGAGAGGUCAAAACUUUCAGAAGGUUGGCAGCGACUAAAACAGCUAAU